UAGUGUUUGCUCACUUUCUCCUCAUCUUUUGUGUUCCGGGUGAAACUUCCGAUUCAAAAUUUGAUCCAUUUUCCUAAAGUUAGCAAUAAUUUUCAGAUAAGUGAUAUUGUAACAUAGGAGUCCAGUGUCUAUCUGAGUGGGAUUCGUGGAUAUUUGAUAUUGGGUAUCAAGAAGUGAAAGCAGACUGGAUUAAAAAUCCCAGCAGGAAUACUUAAGAGAGUCUGUUGGAUUGGAAUUUGGAAUCGAGCAGUUUGAUCAAGUUUGUCAGGGAGUCGCUAAAAUAAAUGCUGCUAUAAUUUAAAGGUGAUCAGAGUUUGGUCGUCAGCCCCACCAUGUUUCACCUUACCAGGUUUCGUAACCCCAUUCCACACUUUGUCAAAGUUUGGAGAACGAGACCUGCUGAAGCUGCGUCAUUUUCAUUGAUUAUAUUUUUGGCAGUCCUCGUCUACUAUUAUGGGACGUUUAUUAUUCUCCCAGAGAUCUUGGAAGGGCAUCAUCUUAUAAUCAAGAUUGCCUUAAACUUUCUCCUUCCCAACUGGAUUUUCUUUGCCGUGCUUUCCAAUAUGAUCUUAAUUCAAGUACGAGACUCGUCAAUAAGGAACAAAUUCCUGGCUCAACCAGUGUUGAAACCUCCUCCACCUUCCGUAGCAACUAUUAACGGAGAUGCUGGAGAUACCGCACAAGCCUACGACAAGGACCAUGAACUAAAAGAGCGGACAAAAUACAUCGGACAACAUUUUGUGGCAACACCUUUUCAGGACGAUCAAAUAUGGCACAUUUGCGCAGCUUGCGAAAUUUUUGUUCCUCCGAGAACUUGGCACUGUCAUUCUUGCAAUACUUGCAUUUUGCGAAGAGAUCAUCAUUGCAUCAUAACCAUGGGCUGCAUCGGCGAAGAAAAUCAUUGUAAUUUCAUCGGAAUGCUAUUUUAUGUAGCUCUUGGAACCUCACUCGCAAGCACUUUCUCGCUCAUAUAUCACGUUUACUUUGUUGAGGUCGUCUGGUGGAUGUUCCUGCUCAAAUGCUUCGUUCCUUACUUCACAAUUUUUUAUGAUCCCAGCGCUCUGAAUAUAUUAUCCGGAAUUACACUUGUUGGCCAAUGGCCGGCAUGGGGCAUGUUUUCAUACUACCUGUAUCUUGCACUUCGAGGACAAACGUCUGCGGAUUUUUCAAGAGGAAUUCGCCGAGCGCCAGCAGGUUCAAAGACUUUCAGCUUCCAAAAUAUGAAAAUGUUGCUUGGACCAAAUCCACUUCUCCGGAUAUUGUGGCCUUAUCAUCAAGUGAUUAUCCAGUCAAUCGAUGAGCAACAUGACCAAACAGAUCGUAAAGGAUUUUUACGGGAAAAUGCUGGAUGUCUGAGAUCGACGAAAAAAUCAGUUGUGCAUAAUUUGUAAACGAACUUACCUACAUACUUUGUAAUAAUAAUAGACAGUAAUAGUACAGCAUAUUGAACAAUGAAUAGUCAAAAUGUAAACCAUAUGAUGUCAGUAUUGCCAACGUAAAACAAUAUAUUAAGAACCAAUGCAAUUUUGUAAACGGUAUGUCAUACAUAUUUAUUUAAUAAAAUAGUCAUUUUUUAUACGACGAUUUUUAUCUUAUGUGAUAAAACUUUAAUAAAUUAUGAUAAUAGUUUAUAAUUUGGUUAAGUUUUGGAGUAACAAAUAGUAAUUUAUAUGUAUAGAUGGCAUAAUUUAAGCGUUUCGUCUUUGUUAACAUAUAACAUUUAUGUAUAUUAUAUAAGGUAACAAUUAAGCCCUUCUCCGACCUCUAAAAUUUGUGACCAUACUUAAAUAUACAAAAAUCG